AUAAAAUUGCAAGCAGCUGUGAGCGGACAAACAAGUCAUUCGUCCAGGAACAAAUGCAAUCCGACCAACUACGCAUAACGACUUCAUGAAUACCAGAAACUGCUUUUAACAUAGUGCAUUCGUGUUUGUUUGUGGUUCUGUGCGAAAAUACCGCAUUCGUAUAUACUCUGUAGUUCUGUCUUUCGUGGGACAACUUUCAAUUGGGAGACACAAGAUAAAGCAAAAGAAAAUGACAAAAAUAAAGAAGUAGCGGAAUUUUGUAUUUUGUGCACCGCAAUUGCUUGGUCGCUUGGUUCAGUUCGAAAGCAAUUCAAUUCGCUGUCACUCGUCGUCGACAACAAUCGUUCGUUAUUCGUUAUACAAGCUCCGCAAUAAUUCUGCGCGCAGAAGAUCAGCAGGGAGUUGAAUAUAAUGGAAUAACUGCAUAUAAAAAAUCAAAUCUAAUUGGAAAAUUUUUCUUGAAAAUUCUUUGGAAAGAAUAUUUGCUGUUAAACGGUAGUGUGUCAAUGUUUUCAAAUUAUGUUAGUGUGUGUAGAAAUUAAUGAAAAUUCAAUGAAAAGUAUUAAAUCGAAUAGAGCUUUUGUGGCAGAGGAAAAUUUAGAAGCGCAAAUUGGCAAAAUAUAUUGACGCGAAUGUGUUAAUUGCGUUCGUCAGUGUGUGUUUUUGUGUGCGUACUUGCAAUUCGCGUAUACUUGUGUAGGUGUGCAUUGCAGUCGAUUUUUACUGCUGAACGGAUCUUAACAGCAGACAAAAAAAGUUACGGAAGUGCAAAAAAAUAUAUGUAUUUAUUUAGAAGUAUUUCUUAAAUAAAAGUUUGUGAAAAUUCAUCACUGUAUAAAAUUGGCAUUGGAAGAGUUUGACGCUGCUGUGGGCAGCAAAGAAAAGUGCAAUAACAGAGAUUGCAAGGCAGUGGAGUGCAGGAAAAUCAAUCAAGAAUUUUCAGUGUAUUUUAAAUACAAAGCAGUAAUUAAAACGCAAUGUAAAACAGCAUAUAAGAGCAGAAAAUAUUGCAAUGCUAUGAAAAUAAUAAGGUUUGUGAAAAAUCAAGCAGUAAAACAAUUCAAUUCGAUGAUAACAAAGAGCAUAAAGUUGAAUAUUCCUGCAUUUUGCAUAUUCUGCUGUUCGCAAUUUAACAGCUGAUAAAAAUUAAUAAGUGGUGACAGCAAAUAAAUAAAUAAAAAACUGCCCUAUUGUGAAAAUCUUAUCAUAUUUUCAUACUACUGCUGCAAAUCUAUCUGGUGCGACAAAGGGCGACUCAACAUUGCAGCUAAAAAGUACAUUCUGAUAGGUACUACAUUAAAAGAUAUUGGAAUGCAACUUUUCAAUUGCAACUAUCCAUCGAAAGCAGUCCAAUAAGAGUCUAGUGCAGGUAUAGAUUCAUAGAUUAAUGAACACUUACGUAAAUAUACAAAUGACUGAUACGGAAAGGUCGACACAGUAAAUUUUUUAACUACGCAUUUUGCAUUAGAGAAAGCAGUGAAACAAAACAAAGAAAGAUAAGGCAAUGAAAAGUUGCUUGAAAUCAUAACACAGCUAUCGUGUGACAAAUAUUGUAUUUAUAAGUAAUUGCUUUCUGCUCAAAAAGCCUAUUUAGUUGCAAAAGCGUUUUAUCUGCUGGUAAAAAUAGUAAAAAAAACAAGAGAAUUGUAUAGGACAGGCACACAAUCGUCACAUACUCUAUUAAAAUAUAAUAUUUUUUUGUUUGACAACGAGUUGAUAACGUCAAUUAUUAUCGCAGUGUAAUAUUCGCCGUGAUAUUGUGCCAGACUUGGUGGUGGCUUCAUGCUUAUUUUAUAUGCUUAGGUAGCAAAAAAUCCACAGUGAUAACUACAAUUUCAACAUAAAGUUGCAAAGAUGACUAACAAUGCUACCAACUCCACAUCUCGAUUUCGCUCACAACGCAACGACUGACUUACCGACGCAACAGCAGCCACGACGACGGCGACUGCACGGUCGACGGCAACCUCUAACUACUUUGUUACGUAUACGUCGUGUAUGUCAGUUGCGCGUCAUCGCAGCAGCAGAGCCCAUGCAGCGCGUUGAGUAACGAACGACAAAGCCAAAUAGCAAUUACGCAGCGUAAAAAGGAAAACCAAAAACAACACAGACUGUAAAGAAAAGCUCUGAAAGCUUGUAGCCUAAUAAAAAGUGGUUAAGAGUGCUGAGCGGCAGCUUAAAAAGUGCUAAUAAACACGUGCAAUCGUUUACAGUUAUAAAGCGAUUUUUGUUGUCGCCUUUGUUUACGCGUUCAAAAUUGGGCGAAGCAAACAGCGAAAAUUAAAAUAAAAAAGACUAAAAAAAAAAUAUAAUUAAAAAAACAAAUUCAACAACAAUAACAAUUAAACGAUAUUCACACACAUAAACACACACUCACACAAUUAAAACGCCUCAUCCAAGUGCGGCAACCGUUCUCGGCCUUAAAUGUUCAUCAAAAAUAAUACGCUUUUGAAUAGCAGCAGCGGUGUUGGCGUUGGCAACGGUAGCAGUAGCGGUAACGGUAGCGGUAGUGAUCGACUUGGUAUCGACAGCAUCGUAGGUGUUGGCGGCGGUGUUGGUGGUGGUGGUGAGAGUGUUGGCGCCAGCAGCGUGGCAGGCAGUAUCAGCAUAGCGAGUAGCAGCAGCGUCGGCGGCAGCAGCAACAGUAUCGGAAUCGGUGGCGGAGGCGGCGGCGGCGGUGGCAGCGCAGAGUUGCUCUACCCAAGCAGCAGCAGCAGCAGCAGUAGUAGUUCAAGCGCCAGCGGUCAGGCUAGCAGCGCUUGUAGUCACAGCGGCAGCAGCAGUAGUGUUAGCACAGGCAGCGCGGCACCCUUAAAUCCGACACGACGCUGUGCCACACAGACUGACAACAACAAUAGCGUCAGCGGCAAACGCGGCCUCAAUUUGAGCUUAUUACACAAUCACAAUUCGAGCAACAGCAGCGGCAGCAACAGCAGCAGCGGUAGCAAUAAUAACAACAACAAUAAUAACACCAACAGCAGCCACAAUCACAACGGCAGCGGCGGCAGCAGCGUUGGCGGUGGCCUUGGCUUGUUAGUUGGUCACAGUGUUGGUGGCAUAGUCGGCAGCGGUCGACGCUUAAUCGGCGGUCUAGGUGGCAGCAUUUGGCGCUCAGCCACAUCGACCACAUCAUCCUCCUCGUCACCAGCAGCGGCGGCCACUACUGCAGCAGCUGCGACUGCGGCAAAUACGCACGCCACACAAACAAUCGCUAACGUUGCGGCGUCUGGCUCGGCGUCCGCGUCGGCAUCCUCGAACUCGACAUCGGCUUCAUCGCCGACCGCCUCGUACGCCAAUUCCACAGCCAGUAGCAGCGCUGUGGCAUUGACCAUCGCUGACGGCAGCGCAAAUAAUUUCUUUCGCAGCGGUAGCGCACCGGCGGCAGUGGCAGCGGCAGCAACAGCAGCAGCGAUCGUCUAUAGCGGCGCCGCUAAUAGCCGGCACUUUCUGCGCGGCCAUAAGAAAACUUUUUUAUUUCACACGGUUAACAACAAAACAGCAACAACGGGUAACAGCGCGAGUGCAGUUGCUGGCGAGAGCAGCGCCAUCAUCAAAAUGGACGAGGAGGACUCCAUGGAUGAGGAAGUGCCCCAGACAUUCCUCAGCUCUUCGGAUGCGGAUGACGAACCUAUAAAACAACUGCCAAAGGAAAUUCUUUUACGUAUUUUCUCCUAUUUGGACGUGGUGUCUUUAUGCAGAUGUGCACAAGUCUGCAAAUAUUGGAAUGUGUUGGCCUUGGAUGGAUCAAGUUGGCAAAAAAUCAAUUUGUUUGAUUUUCAACGUGACAUCGAGGGUCCAGUUAUUGAAAAUAUAUCCCAACGAUGUGGUGGCUUUUUGAAAUUCCUUUCAUUGCGCGGCUGUCAAUCAGUUGUUGAUAAAUCAAUAAGAACAUUAGCAUUUCACUGCCCCAACAUAGAAAACUUGGACUUAUCCGAAUGCAAGAAGAUCACCGAUAUAUCGACACAGUCAAUAAGCAAAAACUGUGUACGAUUAGCAGCAAUCAAUUUGCAAUCGUGCUCUAAUAUAACCGAUGAUAGUUUAAAAUAUAUAUCGGAUGGUUGUCCGAACUUACUUGAAAUCAACAUUUCAUGGUGUCAUUUAAUCUCAGAGAAUGGCGUUGAGGCCUUGGCGCGCGGCUGCAAAAAGCUGCGCAAAUUCUGCAGCAAAGGUUGUAAACAAGUCAAUGACAAUGCCAUCACCUGCCUGGCUAAAUUCUGUCACGACCUAAUGGUGCUCAAUUUACACAGCUGUGAGACAGUCACCGAUGCCUCGAUACGACAGAUCGCCGCCAACUGUCCUAAAUUACAAAAGCUUUGCGUUUCAAAAUGCGUCGAACUCUCCGAUCUCACGCUAAUGGCUCUCUCACAGAAUAAUCCAUUGCUGAAUACGCUUGAAGCAUCUGGCUGUCGUAAUUUCACCGAUAUCGGUUUCCAGGCCUUGGGCAAGAAUUGCAAAUACUUGGAACGUAUGGACUUGGAGGAGUGCAAUCAAAUAACCGAUUUGACGUUGGCGCAUUUGGCAACCGGUUGUCCCAGUUUAGAGAAACUGACUUUGUCGCAUUGUGAGCUUAUCACUGACGAUGGAAUACGUCAGCUGGCGGCUGGUAGUUGUGCAGCUGAGAGUUUAUCCGUCCUCGAAUUGGAUAAUUGUCCAUUAAUCACCGAUCGUACAUUAGAGCAUUUAGUAUCUUGUCACAAUUUACAAAGAAUCGAGCUAUUCGACUGCCAAAUGAUAUCGAGAGCAGCAAUACGAAAAUUAAAGAAUCAUCUACCAAAUAUUAAGGUACACGCCUAUUUCGCACCAGUUACACCGCCACCAGUUACAACUGGACAUCGCCCACGGUAUUGUCGCUGUUGUGAGAUUCUCUGAGAUUCGGCCAUCGGCUUCGCCAGGAAAUUCUUGUGCAAGGGCCCUACUGACUGAUGUUUGUAUAUAUUUACUAGCACAUUUCUAAUUGUUUUGACGAUCAUUAUGACAUCGCUAACACUCAUGUAUCUCUUCUCGAUGAUUUACUAUGUUUUUUGAAAAAUAACCAAAAACAACAAAAUGACAACAUGUAUAUGUAUGAAAACGACAACAACAACAACAACAACAAUUAUAAUACUAUAACAACAAACACGAGCAAAAUUGCAAAUUGUAUGUACAUACAUAAACUACUUACGUGAGAGAAAUUCUUAAGCUCAGACAAAUUUAAAUAUUUUGUGCAGACAAAAAAGGCAAAAGAACGAAUGCUAAAAUAUAUAUUUAUAUGUGAAAUAAAAACAAAAUUGUAAACAGUAUGCAUUAGAAGAAAACGAAACAAGGCUUGCAAAUAUAUAUUUGAUUUUAAGAAGUGAUAAGGCACGACAUACACAUACACACACACACACACAUAUGUACAUACAUAUUUACAUAAAUUAGAAGUGACAAAAGAUUUUUUAACGAAAUUCUAAAAUUAAAAUAAAAAAUGCACAAAGCGAAAUUAAACAAAAUCAAGACUAAACGUUUAAAGCGAACCAAAAAAAAAUCUUAAAAACACAUGUAUGUAUUUAAUUGAUUGAAAUUUUAGGAAGCUGUUACACUUAAGUUGACAAGCAAAAUCCAGGAAAAAUUAAUGAAAUUAAUUAAAAGGCUUUUUUGCGUAUAACGCUUGGCAAUUACUAUUUUGCACACACGCACACACACAUACAUGUAUACAGAAAUUUUUUUCAAUGUUUUUGUGCAAACGGAAAAUCGAGUAUUAGGACCAGAAGCAAUAUACAGUUGUACAUAUAGAGCGUGCGAAAGCAGUUAUGAGAAGUUAUAGACGAUACGGCUGGAGUUUAAUGAUUUGGGGAAAUUGUUUUGUGAUUUUAUGCGAUUUUGCCUGUAAUUAUACACAUACACAUGCAUACUGAGAAUUAUAUUUUGUGUUUUGUUGUUGUUCCUCAAUGUAAAUUUUAAUUUUUCUGUUACAUGUUUUAGUCGAAAGCGAGAUUUUAUAUAUACACACAUACAUUUAUAUAUACAUACAUACAUACAUACUAUGCAUACGAUAUUUUAUUUUUUAUACAUACGAAAGUUGCGAAAAUGCACAUACAUACAUACAAACAUAUGGAAAUUAUAUAGUAAUAUAUGAAAACAUA